CCAACACCCAGCCACGGCGCAGGACGAUCCGUGCCGCCAUGGCGCCGAGGGUCCUCUAUCAUUGCCCAUGCAGCACCACUCCGGCCUAUCUCCAGCACACUUCAGCUUCCUCCUCAUCCUCGUCCUCCUCCUCGGCACCGUCGCUCGCACCCUUGGCCUUGUCGCAGGUCAAGCCACCCAUUCCCUCAUCGAGCGCCUACCCACUCAGCUCACUCUACUUUUGCGAAGAGUGUGAUUCGAUCCGAUGCUCGCUCUGCGUGACUGCUGAUGUGGGCAGCUAUUACUGCCCCAACUGUCUCUUUGAUGUGCCUGCAGCAAGCGUCAAGACGGAGAGGGCGCGGUGCGCUCGCAAUUGCUUCACCUGUCCUGUAUGCACCCAUACCUUGAACGUCGUCCCUUCGGACCCAAAAGGACACCCAGACGAUGACUGGGACCCGACAUCACCGUCUGCGAGUCUGGGAGAGCCGCCAUACUACCUCACUUGCACGGUGUGCAGAUGGGACAGCAAGGAAGUCGGCUUGACCUUUGAGAAGCCCACUGGACUGAGUUUGCAACUGCAGAGAAUUGAAGAGAGCGCAACCGAAAACAUCGAGUUCAACCAGCUGCGGGCACACUUCGAGACCUACGUGCGCACGCAGGCUCCAGCUUCGUCGACGCAGGACAAGACAGGAGGCAGCACAUCGGCGGCGCAGACGGCAGCAGCUGCUGCCGCGGCAAGGUCCAGUCGUCUGCUCCGCGAUGUCCCUUCGCUGGCCAAUGACCCUCGUUUCAUGCCCUCGUACUCUGGUCGUUCAAGGUCGACGCGAAGGACGGUGGCCAAGCAAGCCACGGAGGAAUUCAGACCGUACGAGGCCCUCACGUCGCCUGAUCACGGAAGAGACGCGAGGAGGUUCGCAGGACCUCAGCAAGACCUCGAUGAUGGCAGGGCUCUUGGCAUUGUGGGGCGAAAGGAACAGAACAGGCUCGAGUUCGCGCGCAAGCAGACGGACGAGACGAUGCUCAGCAGUCUGGCACAGCGGUGGGACUCGCUAUGGGAUGAGAGUCUCAAAGUUAGCGAUCUGCGACCGACUAGAGUUCUCCUGAAGACAAAGCAGACGAAGCGAUGCCCGACCUGCCGACACAUCAUCGUCAAGCCGGAUCCAAAGGCGACGUCAAAUCGCUUCAAGAUCAAGCUCAUGGCCCUCAACUAUCUACCAGAGAUCCAGAUCAAGCCUCCUGUGCCGCUCUCGACGGGACAAAGCAAUAGCAAUCCGGCCACGAUGGAGGAGAGAAGGAGAAGCGUCCUCGCAGGUGGCUCGAGCAGUGGCAGUGGAGGGACGCUAGCACGUCGGAGGCUCGUGGCUGGCUCCGUCAGCGGCCUCUUUGGGUCAAGUGCAGCUGUCAACGAGGACAGCUUGGUUCCAGGCCGGUCAUACCUCUACGAAGCCAUCUUUUCAAAUCCCUUGGACGAUGCGAUGGUCGUGCGUCUCGCCAUUGGGCGGCACUCGAACGACAGCGAAAGGACCAAUCCCAAAGCAGAAGUGGAGGCGCAAGUGCCAGUAUCGCCAAGCAAACAGAGCUCUUCAUCCGCUCGACCACACUGGCAGGUGUCACCUUCUACGAGCACCUUCCCCAUUUCGGCCUUCAACGAGGCUUGGGAGCUGGAAGAAGAUGAUUCCGAGCUCCUUGAUCAGGCGACCGAUCGCGAAGAUCGAACUCGAGUCGGCAGCAGCAGCGGAGGAGCGGGAGGAGGAGAUGCGGACUACGACGUCUCGACGGACAAUGACGGCGACUUCAACGACGAUCGCGAGCAGAAGCGAAGCAGGACAGACAUGGGUGGGAACAAGGAGAGGAGGAGGAAGGGCGACGGCAUCCUGAAGAGAAAGGGUCACGAGACUACGAUUGCCUUUGAGUGCGUGCUGGGGAAAGAGGCAAAGGGCGAGAUCCAGUUUCCUCUCCAGGUCACCUAUACCUACUCGCCUGAGCCUGAUCAGGAAGAGGACAGAACGAAGAGGGCAGACAGCGCAUCGGGCGACAAGUCUUCGUCAAAGUCAUUUACUUUCUGGACCAUCGUCCAUCUGGGUCGCGUCUCGUCCUUGUCCUUGACAGAUGCGCAGGGCGGAUCAGGGGCCGCUGCAGGCGCGACAGGACCGAGCCAAACGACGGCAGAGGCCAGACGUAGUGCUCUGGACAAGCGACGCAGCAUGAUCGGCCUCGGGUCUGCAGGAGGUGUCAGCACGCUGCGGAAGCUGAGCGAGAAGAGGGAGCAGAGCGUCGACGAGGAGAGCGGCGCUCCGCCCUCGCAGGAGCACCAGCAGGUUGCCGAAGAAAGCAACGUCCCGAGAGACAAAGGCAAUAUGAGCAUUUCGCUGGAUGGAUAGGAUGUUUGGCAAAUACCGCAGAUGUCCUUCAUCCCUUUCCCUUUCUCAAGUAGAGACAGGCGCCCUCACUUUAUGGACAAAUUUUAUGGAGCAGGGUCCGAUUCCUGGCAACGAUUGUGAAUGCUCACCGCUGUACUGUCACCCAUGAAACAAUGCAAGGCAAUCAAGAGUGAUAAUUGCACGGGUGGAAUACAAGAGUGGCGAAGAAAAGGUCGUCAAUGAGUCGUGGAAAGUCGAGA